AUGUAUGAGAGAAGGCACAGUUGGGCCACAACACACAUACGAGAAAAGUUCUUUGCCAGAUUUCGAACAACAUCAAGGUGUGAGGGCUUGCACGCUGUGAUAUCACGGUAUGUUAAGUCUCAAUACAGUUACACUGAGUUUUUACGUCAUUUCCAUCGAUGCUUGAUGUUCGUGCGUGCAAAGGAAGUGGAGGCUGAUUUCGAGUGUGCAAAUAGUGACCCUGUUAUGACCACCAACCUGAAACAGUUGGAGCAGAGUGCAGCCGAGAACUACACUCGUGCAAUAUUCUAUUUGUUUGUUCCCAUUCUUUACAGGGCCUGUUCAAUGAGGGUGGUUGAUUCUAAAGACAACGGUUCCUAUUUUAUCCACACCGUCUCUCGAUACGGCACUUCGGGGAAGGAUUGGCGUGUUGUUGCAACGUCUGAUAUGAGGGAGGUCCAAUGCACGUGCAUGAUAAUGGAAUGUUUCGGGGUCCCCUGCGAACAUAUAAUUGCAGUGCUUGUUCUUAACAAUGUUCAUGAGAUCCCAAGGUCUCUGAUAUUGCCGAGAUGGACCAAGGAUGCAAAACUUGUGGCGGUGCAGUCGAUGGGCGUGAUUUGGGAUUCUGUACAACUGGCACAACACUGGUGCCUGAUGGAUUGGUACCAAAAAGUGUGCAAGAUUUCAUGUCACAGCACUGAAAAGUUCCAGUUUGCAAGAGAGAUUGCCAUGCUGAUGCUGAAGCACUUCGAGAACGAAGAUGCAGGGGACACCAGUUUUCCACCCGAGGGGCCACCUACUGAGGGUGGCAGAGCCCCGGCGCGGAAUCCACCCAGGCGCAAUACAAAGGGUAACAGUGCUCAUGGUGGAAAGAAAACCCAGCGAUGUUGUUUGUGCCGGGAGGUGGGACACAACAGGACGAAGUGUCUGGACCACCGCACAAUGGAGUCAUCCAGCGCAGUUGCAGAUGACAUGGAUUCGAUGGACAUUGACAUGGCGACCGCAGAGAUUUCUUUGUUCCAAUGCUCCGAUAGUGACACGCAGGCUGGGUUUGCUAACAGCGACUUCGCUGGGACCAACACGUCCGGGCCAGUCAUGUCUCUCGCCGAUUGA